GCGGCGGGAGGAGCCGUCGGAGCCAUCGUCGCCGCCGCAGCCGCCACCGCCGCCGGCCGCGGGCAGAGUCAGCACCGCGGACAGCGCCUGCCGCGCCCCCCGCGCCCCCCGCGCCCCACCAUGACGGCAGAGACCCACCUGCAGGGCGUGGAGAUCUCGGCCGCGCAGUUCUUCGAGAUCUGGCACCACUACGACUCCGACGGCAAUGGGUACAUGGAUGGGAAGGAGCUACAAAACUUCAUCCAGGAGCUGCAGCAGGCAAGGAAGAAGGCAGGCUUGGAUUUAACACCCGAAAUGAAAGCUUUUGUGGACCAAUAUGGGAAGGCUACUGAUGGAAAAAUAGGAAUAGUUGAGCUUGCUCAGAUAUUACCAACAGAAGAGAAUUUUCUGUUGUUCUUCAGAUGCCAGCAGCUAAAGUCAAGUGAAGACUUCAUGCAGACAUGGAGAAAAUAUGACAGUGACCACAGUGGCUUCAUUGAUUCUGAGGAACUUAAGAGCUUCUUGAAAGAUUUAUUACAGAAAGCAAAUAAGCAGAUCGAAGACUCAAAGCUAACAGAAUACACAGAAAUAAUGCUCAGGAUGUUUGAUGCAAACAAUGAUGGAAAGUUGGAGCUUACUGAACUGGCCAGACUACUCCCUGUACAGGAAAAUUUUCUUAUUAAAUUUCAGGGUGUCAAAAUGUCUGCAAAAGAAUUCAAUAAAGCCUUUGAGAUGUAUGACCAAGAUGGCAAUGGAUAUAUAGAUGAAAAUGAACUUGAUGCACUACUGAAGGAUCUCUGUGAAAAGAAUAAAAAGGAAUUAGACAUUAACAACCUUGCAACGUACAAGAAAAACAUCAUGGCCUUGUCUGACGGAGGAAAGCUUUACCGAGCAGAACUGGCUCUUAUUCUCUGUGCUGAAGAAAACUAGAACUCUUCUAUCAUGUCCCCUUAACUAGUGAUGUACUCUAUCUACACAAUAACUGUGCACUAUAAGGGAGUAGGCUGUAUUUUUAAACUGCAUAUAGAAAAUUAGCCAGGAUGUGUGGCACAUUCCUUUCAGUUUGUUUCUAUACUGUUUGUAAUGUACAGUUUUUGUAACAAUAAGAUUGAUAAAGAGAAUGUCUAUGUUUGGGCCAGUCUGUAUAGUCAAAAAGAAACUAAAAUAUGUCAGGGUUGGAUUUGUUUUUUGUUUUUGCUUGUGUUUUUUCUUUCAUAAACACGGCUGGAAAACAAAUUAAACCUGCUGACAUUGCUGUGGUCAUCAUAUCCUUUGACACUUGCAACAUUUCUUGUUGAACUACAUAACAGAUCUGCAGAUAUCUUUUCCCAUUACAACUAAAUGUUGCUUGAUGCAAAACAUCAAUUCAGAUUAAAUAUGAUCUAGGUCUGAAACAGAAAAGAGAUGUUGGCAUGUCUGAUUUCCAAAAUUUAACAAGGUACUAAAGAAGUAUUUCAGUUGUCAAACCACCCACUUACAGGUCUGUGCUCUCUGAAGUUUUUCAAUUACUUGUCUCACACUCAUGGCAUAUAGACAAAGCAUUUAUCUGGGAUAGAUCUCCAUGCAGUAGUUGAUGAAAAUAUAGUGUUUUACAUCUAAAUGUUUAACUUUACUGAAUUUAAACAUAGGCACUUCAGAAAUAAAUGCCUUUAAUCUGUCUUGGAAUCCUGGCUAAAUGACAGGUAGUAUAGCUAAUACACAGAUUAACAUAUGAUAUUAUAAGUGUACCUUUCAUGACUAUUGCUGUGUCAGAGAAUAUGACAAUCCAUUUUCUAAACUAUUUUCACAUUUUGCAGGUUAUAAUUCUAGUAAAUUGCUGUUUUUACAUCAUAUUCUGUGCAAUCUCUAAUUAAAUUUAAUAUCCUA